UUAGGAUCCGGCUGAGCACGUGGGUGUGUUUAGUUUAUUUUAUGGUAACAGAUGCAGCGGACACCAACGUGGGAAGCGACAAGCCUCUUUGGAUAUACCGUGUAGAAUGCUUUUUCUUUAGCUUGCUUUGUUUCGCUUUUGACUCCCAAUGACCCAGGACACUUCAUUGGUGAAAAAGAAAGAGCAGAUGAGAGACGAGUGAUCAGCGCACACAAGGCCCUGCAGACCUUUCUGUCAAUCAAAAGGUCUAAGUGGAGCAGAGAGACGCCUGUUGCGUCCGGCUUUGAAUAGCCCCACCAUUUCCUUCUUGUGUUGGUCUCCGUGAGCGUUUCAAAACUGUUUCUCCAACGCUUCUUCCAGAAACUCAGACUGUUUUCCAAAGCAGAAGCAGCACAGCCCUCCCAGACAGAGGUGAUGGGAAGUGUGCGGGCUAAUCGCUACAGCAUUGUGUCAUCAGAGGAGGACGGGAUGAAGCUGGCCACUAUGGCGGUGCAGAAUGGCUAUGGGAAUGGAAAGAGCAAGGUGCAUACUCGGCACCAGCCCCAAAGCAGAUUCGUCAAGAAGGAUGGACACUGCAAUGUACAGUUCAUCAAUGUGAGUGAGAAGGGUCAGCGCUAUUUGGCUGACAUUUUUACCACUUGCGUGGACAUUCGCUGGCGCUGGAUGCUUGUCAUUUUUUGCUUGGCAUUUUUGCUCUCGUGGCUGUUCUUCGGAUGUAUCUUCUGGCUUGUGGCCAUCUUCCAUGGAGACCUGGAAAGCAACAGUCCAAAAUGUGUUUCAAAUGUGAGCAGCUUCACUGCAGCUUUUCUUUUUUCCAUCGAGACACAGACCACCAUUGGUUACGGCUACCGAUAUGUGACUGACGAGUGUCCCAUUGCUGUCUUCAUGGUGGUCUUUCAGAGCAUAGUCGGCUGCAUAAUUGAUGCUUUCAUCAUUGGCGCAGUCAUGGCCAAGAUGGCCAAGCCUAAGAAGCGAAAUGAGACUUUGGUAUUCAGCCACAAUGCUACCAUUGCGAUGAGGGACAGCAAACUUUGUCUAAUGUGGAGAGUUGGCAACUUGCGCAAGAGCCAUCUAGUAGAGGCCCACGUUCGAGCUCAGCUACUUAGGUCUCGUACUACAGCAGAGGGGGAAUACAUACCGCUGGACCAAAUAGAUAUUGAUGUGGGCUUUGAUAGUGGCAUUGACCGUAUAUUUUUGGUUUCUCCAAUAACCAUCGUCCAUGAGAUUGACGAGGACAGCCCAUUUUAUGACAUGAGCAAGCAGGAUCUGGACAGUUCCGAGUUUGAGAUUGUAGUGAUCUUGGAAGGUAUGGUGGAAGCAACAGCCAUGACAACACAGUGCCGUAGCUCGUAUCUGGCCAGUGAGAUCCUCUGGGGACAUCGUUUUGAACCAGUCCUGUUUGAGGAGAAGAACUAUUACAAAGUUGACUAUUCGCGCUUUCACAAGACCUAUGAAGUGUCCAGCACCCCGCUGUGCAGUGCCAGGGACCUUGCAGAGAAAAAAUAUAUCCUUUCCAAUUCCAAUUCCUUCUGUUAUGAGAAUGAGGUGGCGCUUCCGAACAAAGAGGAGAAGGAGGAAGGAGAUGGGGGUGGACUAGUGCCCAUGAGCACACACACUGACACUGGCUCAGACUCUGACCACAAUCCAGCCAAUGUUCCCUUAGAGUCACGGCCGCUGAGGCGAGAAUCAGAAAUAUGACUUUUCAGGCCUCUUGCUUGUGAAUUGCCUGUUGAUCAAAUAGGCACAUUUAGCUGAACUGAGGUCCUGAGGAAGCGCAGACUUAAGCUGACGGUACAGCUGCAAAGAGAGGAUAAGAGAUGAACUGAACAAGUGCGUUCAUGAUGAAUAUAUUCGGUUUCUAAAGAGGCAUUGCACUGAAAACGAGUGCACAUAAAGGGGUGGGUGGGUUUAUCCAAUUAUGUAACACUACCUUUCAGAGCAUUGCUCUUCUAUGGCACACAGUGGAGAGGAUGUAACUGCUAUGUAAAACUUGAAAAUAUCGGGCAUGUCUUCCUGUGCAUUUGUCCAGCAGUGGCAGAUUGAUAUGAAUGGGCUAAAAAAAAUAAGAGUGUUUUAAUGAUGCAUGGAUGAUCUCAAGUCAUGUGUUGUGGUUCAUACCUGUAUAUUGUGGAAGAGGAAAAACUGUUACUGACAAUAAUGUGUGCACGUUUACCUUAAUUUAUGCCUUGUAUUACAUAGCCACGCAUCUCCAAUGUAGAAAAUCUUUACUUCCAACAUAGGGCAGUAAGAUAGUACAGACAGAUGUAAGUUCUAAUAUAUUAUAGACGUCCAAUCUUUCACAUAGUAAUGAUGGAUAUCUAAUAUUUAAUGUUUUAGCAUUUGUCCCACCUAUUGGUAGUCCAAAGGCCUCAGUUGGGGUCAAAGGUAUCCCUGAAAUAGUCCUGUUGGGGACUUCUAAUGUAGAUGUGUGUGACCUGUGGCCACAAUACAAACAGUUUACUUGUUAUGUAAUGUUGCUAAUGUAAUGAGUAGUUUGCUUUGUGUGGGUCAUUUGGGCUUAAUUGCAGGCUUGGCAGCAGGCUCAGGAGCUGGGGGAAAUGCAAGGAACAUGCCUGUUUACAGUGGUAACUCCCAUAGGGUCAAACUGGUGACAAAGCCAGACACAGCAGUCAUCCCAUCCACUGGGGAAGAGAGGGUGAGAAUGCGCUAAUGAAUGUUUUUCCAUACAUGCUGCUAUCUUGCAUCUUAUAUUAGGGUUUUUGAGAAGACUGAAAUAUUCUAAAGAGUAUUCUAAACAAGGCAUCAAAUUAUUAAAUGAUAUUAGAUGUAGGUCUAUAGGACAAACGAAAAAUAUUUUGAUAGGGUAUUAGUUUUGUUUGUUCAGAUAUUUUUGUCAGAUUUCUUUUUUUUUUGUUGUUUUUUUAAUUCAAAGACAAUUGUGAUAUUUUAAAGAAAAAUAUCAGAGAUCAUAAGAAACAUGAAGGCUACAGGGUAGCCUCGUAAGAACACUCCUUAUUGCUUAAAUGUCAGUGUUAUUAUAUUAUAUUAAUAUUAUGUUAUAUAACAUUAUAUUAUAGUGCUGCAUAAUUAAGUGUUCCAUGUUUGCUAUAAAAGUGUAGAUUUGCAUAAAAAUAUAUUUUUUUACAACAAAACCCAAAUGUUUAACAUAUAAAACUGCACUGUAUUGUGGCCUUGAGAUUUAAGGUAGCUAAUUUUUUGUAGAGUUAGUGUUUUAGGGUUUUUUUUUUUGUUUUUGGUUUGUUUUAAUUUCAUAACGUUUUAUUUAACACUAUGGUCUUUCUUUACCUGACGAGCUGCAGUUCAACCCUUAUGGCUCAUUCGCUACAUGGGCCAGGUCAUUGAAAUCUGUAGGACUGAUCAAUUAGACCGGAAUCACGUCACCAGCACUGAGCUCAGGAUGGAUCAUAACCUGAGAUUUCAUGCUAUCAGCUGAUGUUGUGCUAGCCUUUAUGCAUGUCAGGAACAUUUACAUUUAGGCAUUUAGCAGAUGCUCUUAUCCAGAGCGACUUACAGAAGUGCUUUAAAGUUUCCGUCAUUGAAUAGACUACACAGAUACUAACCUUUCUAUCAGAGCAAAAAUUCUCCAAUGCUCUCUAAACGGAGAUAAUAAUAUUCAGAUCAACAUAUGCUUUCUUUAUUUUAAGUGUUACACACAAAAAUCUUACACAAUCUACUUUUGCAUUAGCUUUGCGUGAGUUUUUUUUUUUUUUUCUUUCUUUUGUGCAUUAUCUAAAUAAAGUAACACUAGGUUAUUAGCCAAACUCAAUAGGCCUGAUGAAUACUGACCUAUCAAAAUGAAGAAGCCUGUCUCAAUGGCUGAUGGUCUGUGUGCAGUUUCUCCUUAGUUUGUAAAUAUCCAAAUACUUUUUGCAGUCUGUUUUUUUUCUAUCAGUCUUCCUUGUACUGCAAAAAAAACAAUGGAAUGUACAGAUUUUUAUAUUAUGACUAAUAUUAUUGAAGUUAUUAUUAUUGUAAUAAUUAUUGUACAUGCUAUUUUAUUUCUGUUUUUCAAUAAAAUAUGAAUGGAGAAUCAAAGAAA